UUAAUUGUGGAAUCCUCAUACCGUGUCCGGAUGUCUCUGCGCAUAUCUACUCCUACUUUCCAUAAAAAGCAUGGAGCAUCAAUUCCCUGAAUUCACUCCCCUCUGACCUUUGCUUGCCAUAAACAUAAAAACACACCAACUUUUCCAGUUCCCAAAGCACCUCAAUCUAAACCAUUGCAAUUCUUUUGCUCCAUUUUUUUUUUUCUCUUUCUUUUUCUGGGGUUUGGUUGGUUUGAUUGAUUCUAUUGUUAGAAGAAAUUUGGACUUGGUAAAUUUUCUCCCCUGAAGAAAAAGAGGACUUGGGGUGGUUUUGAUCUUGAUAUUUGGACUUGGUCUUUUUCUCAGUUUCAAGGUGUUGGUUGCAUUGUUCAAAUUUGUACGCUUUUGAAUUUUGCUCUUUGUGUUUGUACUUUAUGUUUUAUUUCUUAAAUCCCUUUUUAUAUAUGCAAAUGUUUGAGGUGAAGAAAUUCAGAUGAAAAGUUGAAACUUUUAGUCUAAUUUCCCCUGUUUCUUUGAUAUGCUUUAUUUCCAAUGAGGGAAAUAUUAGUUUAAGAGUUUCCUUGUGAUUUUCAGGUUAUUGGAUUAAGGGUUUGGUAGGAUGAAGAACAAUAAGAUGGGUAGUGGAAUGGAGAUUACAGGAAGAGAACCCACAAAUCACCAUGUACGCCACUUAGCUGCUGAUAGUGAGAUCAACAGUGCUGAUUAUGCUACUUAUACAGUGGUCAUACCACCCACACCUGAUAACCAGCCAGCCAAAAUGGAAAUCUCAAUGCGGCCUGUGAGAACUGAUGGUCAGCGCAUGUCGAAUUCCAUGUUUAUGGGGUUUAACAAUCGCGUUACACGUUCCCUUUCAAAGGGAAAGUUCGUUAAUGCCGAUGUUGAUGCAGAAGGGUCGUUUUGUGAGGUACCCGGGUGUGAUUCUAGGAUGAUGAGAAAUAGCCAGGGUGUAGAGAUAUUCCCUUGUGAAUGUGGGUUCAGGAUUUGUGGGAAUUGUUUUAAGGAUGUAUUACAUGCUGGGGAUGGGAUUUGUCCUGGAUGUAAAGAGCCUUAUAAAGGGCUAGGUGAGUCUGAAUUGGCCAUGGAGAGCCAAAGUCAGAUGUUCAAACAGGCUAAUAGGUUGUCCAUAGUGAAAUCAACAGAGAUGCACAGGAGCCAGGGUAGUGAUUUUGAUUAUACAGAGUACUUGUAUGAGUCUGAGAAGAGUUAUGGGUAUGGAAAUGCUGUGUGGCCAGCCGAUGGUAUGGAUGGGGAAAAAGAUGGGAGUGGUAGUGGCGGUGGUACUAAAAAAUUUUCAGAUAAGCGAUGGAAGCCUCUGUCACGGAAAGUGAAAGUAUCUGCUGGGGUUCUCAGUCUAUAUAGGCUCUUAAUUCUUAUUCGAAUGGUGGCACUUGGGUUAUUUUUGCAAUGGAGGCUUAGAAACCCCAAUGAAGAUGCAAUCUGGUUGUGGCUUAUGUCUGUAAUUUGUGAAGUCUGGUUUGCCUUCUCUUGGCUACUGGAUCAGCUCCCUAAGUUAUGCCCAAUUAAUCGGGCAACUGACCUUGAUGUUCUAAGAGAGAAGUUUGAAACCCCUAAUCCCAAUAAUCCUUCAGGAAAAUCUGAUCUACCGGGCAUAGAUGUCUUUGUUUCAACUGCAGAUCCAGAGAAAGAACCACCACUUGUCACUGCAAACACCAUUCUUUCAAUUUUGGCAGCUGACUAUCCAGUUGACAAACUGUCCUGUUAUGUUUCUGAUGAUGGAGGCGCCCUGUUAACCUUUGAGGCCAUGGCAGAGGCUGCUAGUUUUGCCAAACUUUGGGUUCCUUUCUGCCGGAAACAUGACAUUGAGCCAAGAAAUCCAGAAUCCUAUUUCAAUAUGAAGAGAGAUCCUUACAGAAACAAGGUACGCCCAGAUUUUGUAAGAGAUCGCAGGCGGGUAAAACGUGAGUAUGAUGAGUUCAAGGUUCGGAUCAAUGGCCUAUCUGAUUCAAUCCGAAGGCGUUCUGAUGCCUUCAAUACUAGAGAAGAGGUCAAGGCUUUGAAACGUUGGAAGGAGAACAAUGACGAUGAACCAAUGGAAACUUUGAAAAUCACAAAAGCUACUUGGAUGUCUGAUGGAACCCAUUGGCCUGGCACUUGGACAGUUCCUACCCCUGAGCACUCUAGGGGUGAUCAUGCCAGUAUCAUUCAGGUGAUGUUGGAUCCUCCGAGUGAUGAACCACAAAAAGGUAAAGAAGGUGAUGGAAAUUCCAUGGAUCUAAGUGAAGUUGACAUUCGUCUUCCUAUGCUGGUUUACGUUACUCGUGAAAAGCGACCUGGUUAUGAUCACAACAAGAAGGCAGGGGCCAUGAAUGCUCUUGUUCGAGCCUCCGCAAUUAUGUCCAAUGGCCCUUUUAUUCUUAAUCUUGACUGUGACCACUACAUCUUCAAUUCCCAAGCACUUAGAGAGGGAAUGUGCUUUUUGAUGGACCGUGGUGGGGACCGAAUUUGUUAUGUCCAGUUUCCUCAAAGGUUUGAAGGGAUCGACCCAUCUGAUCGCUAUGCCAAUCACAACACUGUUUUCUUUGAUGUUAACAUGCGAGCUCUUGAUGGGAUUCAGGGUCCAGUAUAUGUUGGAACAGGAUGCCUAUUUCGCCGCACUGCUAUAUAUGGCUUUGACCCGCCUUCAUCAGGAGAUGAAACUGGUUGCUGCAGCUGCUGCUUUCCUCGGCACAGGAAGGUAGUCGUUGCAUCUGCCCCAGAACCUGACUCUGAAGAGAAUUGGUUGCGGGAUGAUGAUAGAAUGAAUCUUGCUCUUAUUCCCAAGAAAUUUGGAAACUCAAGCAUGCUUGUUGAAUCCAUCCAGGUGGCAGCAAUUCAGGGCCUGCCUCUGGCAGAUCACCCUUCUAUAAAAAAUGGACGGCCACCUGGUGCACUCACUAAACCUAGGAAGCCUCUUGAUCCAUUCAUUGUUGGAGAGGCAAUCAAUGUCAUCUCAUGCUGGUAUGAAGACAAGAGUGAAUGGGGGCAAAGCGUUGGGUGGAUUUAUGGGUCAGUGACAGAGGAUGUGGUCACAGGGUAUAGGAUGCAUGAUCGUGGGUGGAGGUCUGUCUAUUGUGUGACUAAGAGAGAUGCCUUCCGUGGCACUGCUCCAAUAAAUCUCACAGAUAGGCUUCACCAGGUACUACGCUGGGCCACCGGCUCUGUCGAGAUAUUCUUCUCACGCAACAACGCCCUUCUAGCAGGUCCUCGGCUCAAGUUUCUGCAGAGAAUCGCUUACCUUAAUGUUGGAAUAUACCCUUUCACUUCCAUAUUCCUCAUUGUUUACUGUUUCCUCCCAGCCCUUUCACUCUUCUCCGGUCAGUUCAUAGUUCAAACUCUCAGGCUAAGCUUCCUUAUCUACCUCUUGGCAAUCACCUUGACCCUCUGUGCUCUUGCCGUGCUUGAGAUCAAGUGGUCUGGCAUUGCACUUGAAGAAUGGUGGAGGAACGAGCAGUUUUGGUUGAUUGGAGGCACAAGUGCUCAUCUUGCUGCAGUGCUUCAGGGGCUACUAAAAGUGAUUGCAGGAAUUGAGAUAUCAUUCACAUUGACAUCAAAAUCAGCAGGCGAUGACGUAGAUGAUGAGUUUGCCGAUCUCUAUAUCUUUAAAUGGACAUCCCUGAUGAUACCACCACUUACAAUCAUUAUGGUGAACUUGAUUGCAAUAGCUGUUGCAGUUUGCCGUACAAUAUACAGCACUACACCUGAGUGGAGCAAGUUGUUAGGAGGUGUGUUCUUCAGCUUCUGGGUAUUGGUUCACUUGUACCCCUUUGCAAAAGGUCUUAUGGGAAGACGAGGAAAGACACCGACAGUUAUAUACAUUUGGUCAGGUCUAAUUGCUGUCUCUAUUUCUCUGCUUUGGGUAGCUAUCAAUCCCCCAUCAGCAAAUUCGGACAUCGGAGGAAGUUUCCAGUUCCCCUGAGUAGAAAAGGAUCGCCCUGAGCUAUACUCAUUCUUCCUAUACCUGUAGAUGUUUCUUUGUAGAUCAUUUCACAUUAAUUUCAAACAAUGUUGCUCUGAUGAUACCAUUGUUUCCUGACUUCUAGAAAUGUUCUUUUUGAUACACAGAAUCAUUUUGUAUAGACAUACAUUCAUUUCGAAAUACAGGUGUUCAUAAUUG